CUCACGACUCCAACAAAUUCAACGGUCCUGCCCAAAAUAAAACUUGCGACGUGCUCGACCUCGACCGAGAUAAUAAGCGCAACAUCUUGUUCUAUAGAGACACCUUUUUCUUGAAUCCGCUCCCGUAAAGGCUGCUCAACACUGACUGCAUCUGCUUAAACCCCUCCCCCACCACUAGAAACCAUGCCCACCGUCCACCUCUUGGACUAUGUUGCUGGCAACAUUAGAAGUCUAGUCAACGCCAUUGAGAAGUGUGGCUACCAAGUGGAUUGGGUGAAAUCACCCGAGGAUGUCGCCAGAGCUGAGAAACUGAUUCUGCCCGGCGUCGGCCACUUCGGCCACUGCUUGUCGCAGCUCGGCCAGGCUGGUUACCUGCCUGCUAUCCAGAAGCACGUUGCCUCUGGAAAGCCCUUUAUGGGCAUCUGUGUUGGUCUCCAAGCCAUCUUUGAGGGCUCCGUUGAAGACCCCGACGUUGUUGGUCUCGGUGUAGUCAAGGCAUCCCUCGACCGAUUCGACGACUCAGCCAAGGCUGUGCCACACAUUGGCUGGAACAGCGCCAACACAUAUGGGAAGUCCAUGUACGAACUGCGACCUACAUCAAAGUACUACUACGUGCACUCCUACAAGUGCCCUUACAAGCCCGGUGAACUCGAGGCCCAAGGCUGGACUGUUGCGACAGGCACCUACGGCAACGAGACCUUUGUCGGCGCUAUUGCCAAAGGAAACAUCUACGCUACACAAUUCCACCCCGAAAAGUCUGGUGCUGCUGGUCUGCGCACCCUCAAAGCCUUCCUGACUGGCGAAGGCGCUACCACCCUCGGCCAGCCGUCCGAGGCCCUCACUACUCCCGCCGAGAACGCCUCUAAAGACAGCCUCACACGCAGAGUGAUUGCUUGCCUCGAUGUACGCACCAACGACCAGGGAGACUUGGUAGUCACAAAGGGUGACCAAUACGACGUCCGUGAGAAGGGCGACGACAACAAUGUUCGCAAUCUCGGCAAGCCUGUCGAGAUGGCCAAGAAGUACUACGAAGCCGGCGCGGACGAGGUCACGUUCCUCAACAUCACCUCGUUCCGCGACUGCCCUGUCGCCGACGUCCCCAUGCUUGAAAUUCUCCGUCAAACCUCGAAAACCGUCUUUGUGCCUCUGACCGUUGGUGGCGGUAUUCGCGAUACUGUUGACACAGACGGCACCAAGGUGACGGCGCUUGAGAUUGCCACCAUGUACUUCAAGUCAGGCGCCGAUAAGGUCUCUAUUGGUUCCGACGCUGUCAUUGCCGCCGAAGAGUACUACUCGCUAGGCAAGAAGCUAUUUGGAAACACGGCCAUUGAGCAGAUUUCGCGCGCGUACGGUAACCAGGCCGUUGUUGUCAGCGUUGACCCGAAGCGAGUCUACGUGCCUAAGCCUGACGCCACACGCCACCACCUCGUCGAGACAAAGUUCCCCGGACCCAAGGGCGAGACAUACUGCUGGUACGCCUGCACCAUCAAGGGCGGCCGCGAGACGCGCGACAUGGACGUCGUUGAGCUGGGCCAGGCCGUGGAGGCCAUGGGCUGUGGCGAAUUGCUCCUCAACUGCAUUGAUAAGGACGGUACCAACUCUGGCUUCGACCUUGAGCUGAUCCAGCAGGUCAAGAAUGCUGUCAAGAUCCCCGUCAUUGCAUCCAGCGGCGCGGGCAACCCGGCUCACUUUGAAGAGGUCUUCCAGAAGACUACGACGGACGCUGCUCUUGGCGCAGGCAUGUUCCACCGUGGCGAGUACACUGUUAAGCAGGUCAAGGACUAUCUAUCGGAAAAGGGCCUGUUGGUUCGUGAGUUUGAAUCUGCAGAGGACUUUUAAGAAGAGGAAUAGAAGAUGCAAAAAAAGGAUGGGAUAGGAUCUUGCUACACUGGGCUAUAAUAGACUUGUUUAAAAAUACAGCGAUUUUUACUUUUUCAAUAGACACAGGUUUUUCUUUAUAAGGAACAAGAUAACAUUCGCGUAUAAUGGCAUCAAUUGCUGGCUAACUAUAAAAAAGAUGCAUGGGCUUUUAUGAAUGGCUUGUGGUCGAGAACGACCAAGCCGCCCUACUCAAAUUCGCAAUAAUAUCGGUCAACUGCUAUUGUAUCUUGGCCCUCUCACAAAGAGUUUAGAUACAGCAAAGAAGGAAAAAAACGGUUCAUCAAUAGCUAUUCAAGUCCAAUCCAUUGGAUGAAUGGACAAGCGGACGGGAUCUUAAAGCUCCAUGGCCAUGAAGACCCAGGUACGGCUCGUUACGUCCACGUCGUUGGCCCAAUGGUCCAAAGUCGUCAUUUCAAAGCCAACCCACUGGAGGCUCUUGGUCAGCUCUAGCGCUUCCUGCACAGGAAUACGGCGGUCGAUGCAGCUGACGAUGCGAGCGCAGUCCAGUGGCCCGUCGGCAAGUUCAAUGAGUGCCAUCAGACUAUAAAUCACAACAAUGUUAGUGGGUAAUGCUAAAGGAGAUGGCACAAAUAGGAGGCUGCUUACGCUUUCUUCAAGUCUCUGCUCAUCACGCACUCAAAGUCGAAGAAGACGAAGAGUGAUUUCUCCUCUCCGUUAUCAGCGACAAAGGCGCGGAAGCUCGCACCACCGACGUAGUCCCAGACUUCCAUGCAGCUCUCGACCUCAAAGCCUUGGGCCUUGAGAUCAGCAGCCUGCCCGAAGGCAUUGGAAAACUGGUUGUCGGGUGGUGGAGUUGGCAAGUAAGCGCCGGUCAAGCCGGAGCCAUUCAUCGACAGAUUCCGCUCACCUUGGAAAACUGUCUUCAUGGACUCGCAAAAGAAUCUCUCACAUUCUUCCUUGAUCACUAGCGCUGCCCCCCCUCGUCGCUCCUGGCGAUGGCGAUAGCCAGAAGUCUCGCGCUUCUUCUGCUUAGGAAGAAGAGCGAGCUCGUUGGACGAGGUUAGUGCGGCGAGGGGGGGACUUGUUGGUGGGGAUGGGAGACCUGAGGUAGGGACCUCAGGAAUACCACUCCGCUCC